CACCACAUGAGCCUUCUGAAACCAAUCCAAAAUGUCUUCCUUAGACAAGAUUACAAUAUCGGGAAAAUAAACCUGGUAGUCCUUCAUGGAUUAAUGGGUUCCAAGACCAAUUUCAAGAACUUAGUUAAUAGUACUCAAAUAAGCAAACAUCUCAAGUCGGCCUACUUGCUAGAUGCUCGGUAAGACAUUCGCAGAUAUGGAAGCAAUCACGGAGACUCCCCAUAGACUCAGACCAUGAGUUACGAGGAGAUGGCAUGCGAUUUAAGACACUUUAUUGCGAAUCAUCAUCUAGACAAUGUGGUUCUGCUGGGACACUCAAUGGGAGGCAGAAUUAUAUUUUCGUAUCUGGAGAGUUUUCCCAAUGACAGACCUCUUGGCAAUGUAAUAGUAGAUGUUGGGCCAGGAGAAGGAGAGGGGAAGAAUUAUGUUAAGAAAUUAUAAGAAAUUGAUCUUAAAAACAAAAGUCUUAAGGACAUUCAGGAUAAUAUUCUUGAAGUUCUGAGGAACAAGGAAAUGACUCAAUUGAUUAUGACUAAUCUUGUGGCUACAAACAAAGAGGCGACGAAUGUUAAUUAUGUAUGGAGAUUGAACAUUGAGUCAAUAUCGGAAUUCUAGAGAUAGGGACACAAGGAAUUUAGAAGUACUUACGAUGGUCCUGUCUGUGUAAUAUGUGGAGAAAGAUCAGACUAUGUGAAUUAAAAUGAUAGAGCCAGCUUUCUAUAAGUGUUUCCGAAAAUAGACAUCAAUAAAGAUAUCCAUUUUAUUGCAGGAGCAGGACACUGGGUUUAAGUAGAGAAACCUCGAGAGUUUAUUAAUUUGACUAGUCAAUAUUUAUCAUAAUUUUGA